ACAACCCGCCACGCUGCUGUUCUCGAAUACCCGGCCCAUCUCCAAAGAUCAGCAUUUCAGGUACAUUGGCAUCUUUAUGUGCAUCAGACUUCAUUCAACUAUUUAGCUGUGCUCUUGCUCUUAGUUUGAUCGUUCCAAAUCACGAUGUUUUGGUCAAGGACCUUUCUGGCAACAUGGGUCUGCCUGGCUCAGCUGGGCGCCGCUCAGAUGUUGGCCUUUACAACAUGGCCAACCCACAUCGACCAUGGUCAACCAGCUACGGUGACUUGGUUGGGAGCUCCUGAUGUUCCUGUCACCAUUUAUCUGCGUAAAGGCGAUGCAACCAACCUCGACCACGUCCAAGUCCUGACUACCAAUGCGAAAGGCGGAUCCUUCACCUUUGUUCCGGACGAUUCCUUGCCCGAUGGUUCAGACUAUGCCCUGCAAAUCCAGCAAGGCGCCGAGGAGAACUAUUCAGGACUGAUGACACUUGGAAACCCUGGCAGCAAGCCACCAAGUCCUCCGAAGCCCCCGAAGCCCACAGAAGAGGUUAAGCCGCAGAACAUCUCCACACCCGCCCCUCAGGAUGACGCCUCACCCCGUCACGGCACCGACACCUCACCUGACGACGAGUGGGAAACAGAGGUCGCCAAGGGUAACAAUGCCCAAUUCACCAAUGUUGAAGAUAUGUCCAAGGGACCUGACUCAAACUUCACUCACGGCAAAAGCGCAAUGGCGGCUAAGUUAGAAACCAGCGGUGCUUCUACUGAAAACGUGUACCUUGGCUGGAUCCUGGCCACAGCAGGCGUCUUGUUCUAUGUCGCCGAAUAGAAUGGGAUUCAGGUGACCAAAUUCGGGGCCAGGCAUCCUGACAUCAUUUGCCAAUGAUUGAACACAUUGGCUUUGGAGUGCUUCUGCUUUAGUUCGUUGUACAUAGUCCCAUUGUAUUCAAAAAGUCUUGUGACGUCGGGAUGUGUCCUCAAGAGAUCGGGCCGUGAUUGUUGUUGAAUUCUGCUGUACCUUUCGGGGCAGCUCAAGCAUCGACCUGUUGCUCGACCCUGCAAGCCUCAUCCACAGUAUAUUCAUCACUGCUUUACUGAAGAAAUGGAAUUAGGGAUAAAUGGAUAAUUUGAUUAUGAGCACAAAGCACGCC